GGGAAAACAGUGGGGGCGGGCGGAUUGCCGAAAGACGAAACGAGCCCCUUUGGAAAAAGGAAAACGCGAAUGGACACGUUUGUGCUUUUUCUAAAAGAAACAACUCACUUUAUUAAACAAAAUCGUUAUUCAUCGCACAAGAAAAUCACGUGCAACUUAUAUGCUGUAUAAAACGCGAAUGCGUUUUACGUAAGAAAUCUACUCGCAUUGCACAGGAAACGUAGCCUCUCCCAUAAACAACAAGAAACCACAAGUGUUCGCAUAUGAACGAGAGGAACAUGCAACAUUCAUUAUUUCCAUCAAUUCCGCAAUUACCAUCCUCAUUAUACCUCCCACCUGCAAAUUUAGAGCAGAACAUCAAACGCAUAAAUUGCAAUCUUAUUCACGUUCAACCAAGGAAGUAUCCCUCUAUAGAGGAAGAAACACACCAUUGGAACGAGUGGAAGAAAAAGGAAAAGGAAAAACGGACAAAUGAACUUCAACGGAUUGCUCCAGGCUACAGCGAAUCAACCCCUCUUCUGUAA